AUGCUGGGUUUCCGGAGCUGGGGCGGCGGCGAUGCCUCUGGGAGUGAGAUCAAGCGUGAGGCCACUGAAAGCUCAGCCCAUGUGUCGUCCCGGUUCCACAAUGCCAAGCGCAUCAAGACUGAGUGUGACAGUGUCAAGACUGGGGGUGGCAGUGACAGUGAGCCCGUUGCCAGCGACAUAGAGGCUGGUUCUCAGAUCGACGAUGACAUCUCUCACGUGGCGAGCUGCUCUGAUGUUAUCACAUGUCCCCGAUGCUUCUAUCUCCGAAAGAAGGAGGUCUUGGAAAGCCAAUGCACCGUGACGCACUUUCCCGGGUUCUCUUGGCUGGCGGCGCGUGUUUCUCCUAAGACUGGCUGGGGCCUGGGAUGUCUUGUCUGCGAAGCAGCGAAGCAAUCAUCAAGUUUUGCUAACUUCGAAGUUCGAACAACGCUUCUUGGCAACUUGAAGAAGCAUGGAGACACCGAUCAGCACAGAGAAGCUUUGAAGAUCCUGGGCUUAGUGCACAAUGAGAAGGUGCGUCGUGCAGAAGCUCCUUCCCCGGAAGAGUUUGAACUUGUGCUUCAGCAUCGACGUGGCUGCACAUCCCUCAGCUUGCCUCUCCAUGCCGUCGGCCGUCGCUUCAAGAUCGAGAAGAUGCAGUGGUGCUUGGCAGAGGCCGGCAGGGAGAUGACAAGAGAGUAUCUGAGGCAAGUAGCCUCGCUGGCUAUCGCUCAAGAUGCACGCAAGAACAAGCUGCUUGUGAGGUUCAGCGCAUGCAGCGAGAAACUUCGGCAUUGCAAAGGAGUGCUAGGGCAUGAGUAUGUCAAAGACGGCCACUUUGCACAGAACAUCAAUUCGACGCUGGACGCAAUUCUGCAUCGCUUUUGCACGGUGGGUGCUGGAGGUCCGGGCCCCACGUCUUUAGACACGGAUCUCUUGGCGCGCCUACACGACCGCAUAGAGAUUUAUUGUGCAGAUGCCGCAUCGAAUGAAUUCUGUGCUGGGCGUCUUGCCCGCAACGACACGCUUCCAAAUCUUUUGACUGUCCUGAAGGACAAGUCGCACGCGAGUGUCAGGGUCCUCAAAAGACCGUGGGCAGCCGAUGCUGAGAUGACCCUUGUCAUGGACACUGUCAUCCUCCACCACAAUUCCAUCACCCAGCGAAUUGACCAUUCUGACACGUUCUCGGAUGUGUUCGCUCGGUUUUGUGCUAAAUCCUCAGAUGUGCCGGUGGACGGGGCCAGGAUUCACAACAUGCGAGGGCAGAAGAACCGUUUUGCCUCGUACAGCAAGCCGCUAGGCAGGGCGUGUAUCUUUCUAGAUGCUCUCAUCUCCACCGCCUGUUGGAUAUGUGUUCAGCGUCGGGGCGAGGAACAGGGCCGCGACGCAGGAGACUUCUUGGCUUUCCUCAACGAGGAAAAGGCGAUUCUAAUGGCUAUGAUGAGUGACGCUGCCUCUGCCUGCGUUGGCCUGACAAGGUCGCUGGACACCGAAGACUACGAUGCAGCCACCCUCAACUGGGAGAUUACCUCGCUCGUGCAGACACUUCAUUUCUUAUUCAUCGAAGGGUCUGUUGUUGAGCAUGGAUACACGAAGCAAAUGCUCCUGUACUUGCGUCGGCAGCGAGCCUAUAUGGAUGGACAAGACAGGCCUAGGUGCUUGGGUGGCCCGGGCACUGUCUCGGCCGACAUGCUGCAGCGAUGCAUCGACAGACUGCAGAUGUUUGUGAACUUGGCAUGUGAGACUCUGAGGGCGGAGUUCCCCGAUUACGAUCUGCUGUCGAGCUUUGCUAUUUUCGAUCUGGACACAAAGACCAUGAAAAGCUCAGAGGCCUUUGCCGACCGAACUCAAUCCAUGGCUCGCCUGGCACAGAUCUUGAAGGCUUUGCCACAGCAUUUGGUGGAUGAGGAUUCUUUGCGGGCAGAGUUUGUGGAUGUUCGUCCUAUGGCGAUGUAUGAACACCGCAAAGGUUGCUCUAAUGUCGAUGCCUGGGUUCAGACCAUCUUGCGACUCGAGCGCAAACAGGCUAGUGUGCGGAGGAACCACCCCACUGCCGUUCUGCGCCAAGUUGUGCAACGGUACGCGGCUUUCAGUGGCCUGACCACCUCCGGCGUCGAGCAAGGUUUCAGCCAGAUUCAGAGGCACUGCACACCGGAGAGGAAUCACAUGCUGCUGGACACAGAACUGGAUGAGACUGUUCUGCAGUUGCCACAAACUGUGUUCUCAGAUCACGAAAUCACACGGAGGGCUGUGGAUGUCUGGCUGAAAUACUUCAAUCCGCCGCGAGCCAGACCGACGACUACCCAGAGGAUCGACGCUGGGGUCCCCAAGAUGAAGGGCGUCAAGGUCGGAGCCGAAACCGCCUGGAAGGCUGCGGAGAGCAAGAGCCUUUCAGAGUCCGUGCAGCAGCGGCCGGAGGUAUCGAUUGAUGAAGUUCAGAGCUUGGCCCGCAGCAUGACUUCCCACCUCAUGUGUGAUAAAGUACUUGCAGAGGAGGCUUUUCAGAAAACCAAGCAGUACAAGAACAAACUUGUCGCCUACUUGGACAAUGCCUUGCUGCAUGCAAGCGAGGUCGAUGAAGAUUGCGUGCAAGUGGCGGAGGCUUUCAAGGAUGCUCAGCAAAAAGAGGAUGCCAAAAAUGGUCGGUUGAGAAAGAGACGUGCAGACCUCCUGAACCCAGUCCGAGUACCGAAUCCGUGCACGAAGCAUGUCUACUAUGCGCCCGGAGUGGUCCCUCCGAACUUGGAUUGCCUUGUGGGAGACCCAGAGCAUGCUGAUUUCAUUGUUGAGAAGGACCCAUCCAAUCCACAUGACGAGUGUUAUUGGUGCGCUUUCUUGCUUGGGACGUGUAUUUGCAACGACGAGUUCAUUCGACGACAUGGGCAGCAAGGUGUCUGCUUUAACUUUCAACCUGCGAUUCACAGCAAGCGGCAACUCUUUGUCAGUGCGAGCUUUGGCCGAGAGCAUCCCCGGUUGGCAGAGGUGCUUCGCUUUGCCUGUUCCCAUCACGGGAGCAAGUGGCGAGAGCUGGCCAGUCUGGAGGCUUUUGCAGAGGCCAGCACGAAAGUGGCCUCCAAGUCUCCGUUGUCUGUUCUCGGUUUGUUCUCUCAGACCGAGUGUGCUGCCUUGCAAGAGAAAAACAUUUUGGAUGGUGAUGGGUUUGCAAAGCUGCUGGCGAAGCAGGACGCCUGUUCCAUGUCGGUGGAUGGAGGCCAGACUGCUGCAGCUGCAGCAGCUGCCGCGGCUCUCGAUCCGGUGGCCGAGAUGGCUGACAACGUCAAUGAUGACUACACGCAGGCCAUGCACCACUUCAUAACGACGAUCAUGGGCCACCACAUCUUCGAUGACAUCUUGACGGCGGAUCCAAUUGGGAUCCACUCUGGUGGCAACGGCAACGCUGCCACCACUGGAAGCAAGGCUUGCUACGAUGCUGCUGACUUCGACCGUGCAAUGAAGGCCUGUGGCACCUACCAAGGUGCUGGCAACUUGUUCUGGAUCAAUUUCAAAUGGCGACCUUGCAGCCACGUCUUUACGAACAUGAAGGCCGUGGAAGAGGUAUGUAAGUUCAACUUCAGCAAGGGGCCAGCACCGUUCCCAUGGAGGAUCGUCGUUGCUUUGCCAAGCUCCAAGCUCACCGCAGCUACCCUGCAGAAGCAGUUCGGUGCUUUAAAGCGAGUGAGCCCGGAAGAGCAGGAGGCAGCCCUGCUCAUGGCAAUCACCAGAAGGAUCGAGGCGGGGGCAACGGACGAGGAGUUGAAGCAGUGGCGCAAAACACUCCUCACAGUCGACAUGGAGUUCAUCCCGCUGCCCACGGAAGACGAUCAGUACUUCAAGUCGGUGAACCUCCGCCGAGCUGUGAUUGUGGACAACGAGGCGGUUGUGCGGAGUUGCAUCCAGUCAAUUCAAGAGAUCAUGGAGUUCAAGCUCAGGAAGGAGAAGGGCAUGGGGCACUCAAUGACGGCAGAAGAACUCUGCACCACUUGGAAUGCACAUGCCAUCGAAAUCUCCAGUAAGUAUACGGAAGAGAUCUCGCCUACAUGGAUUCAGAAUGCCGUGAAGAUUCAGAACAACAUCCUGUCUGAUAAAGAUCUGCGAAAUGUUGUGAUGUGGAUGGAAGGGGAGUAUGGCAAGAAAAACCCGCUGAACAGCAUCAAUGCGUUGGAUGCAGUCGUCAGCUGCACCAAGACCAGAGAAGACAUUCUCUGGGUUCUGGACAUGAUGACACACUGCCUGAAGUUCCUCGGCAUGACGGCUGCUGAUUUCAGCAGCCGAAAUCUCGGCAACAAGAAGGGGAAGGGCAUCGUGCACUUGUUUCUGUUCAAGAGGAUGCUGCUGGAGUACUUGAACACGUGGCUUGUAAGCCGCGGGUUUGGUGAAGAGCAGCGGGCAAUGUUGAGUCAGCUGCUUACUCCGGAGUCCUACCGGAAGUGCUGUGGUGCUGCCGGAAUGAAGGUGGACACGCAGUGGAUGGGCCUCAAAGCCGGGAGCACCAGGCUGCUGAUUCAGUUCGUCAAGAAUGCAAUCUAUUCCCAGGGCAUGGACCAGUGUCUCAAGCAGGCCAUCAAGAACACGAUGGACCCCAAGGAUGUCAUCCAGGCCGUCCAGACUCUCAAAGAUGCUUUGGAUGAGCUCGAGGCUUGCUUCCAGAAGGAGUGCGGCCCGCAGGCACCCAGCAAGAAGAUCGAGGACGCCGAGCCUGAGACUAUGGACAAGUCUUUCACUGUGCCACUGGGUGAGCUAGUGACACCGGAGCAGCAGAAGCUCGACGUUGAGGGUGAGUUGAGCCAGUGGCAGGAGUACUUAGAGGAGAUUUUCAGCCAGUGGGUCAGCUUCAUCUUGAAUGACAGCUCCAGCACCACGCUGGCAGAGAACAUGAAGGAGAUGACGAUCGUGCAGGCCACGAUCGAGAAGUCGUCGGGGAACAAGAUUCUCAUCUACGACUGCAAGACGGCUGGCGAAGCCUCAAGUCACCCGAACACGAGGCAGCCCCCGUUCAAGCCGAAGGACCUCACGAAAUGGGUCCAUGCGGUGAUCCGUUCGUUCGACGACGAGGGCAAGACGCAUGGAGGGGCCCUUCCGCCCCAGCACCUCGUUUGCGUGAUGGAUGGAGGCAAAUUCGGGAACGAAGGCCAAAUUCAGAGCGCAUUCUUGGACUUGGAUGGAAAACUCUUUCCAAAAGAAAGCCAAAAGUUCGUGAUUCUGACGACCCAGAAAAGCUUAGGGGACAGAAAGGAACGGGUGAAGGGUUUCAUCAAUCAAAGCGAGAACCUCCACGUGAUGUGCACUGGUGGGCCCUUGGAGAUAGAAAACAAGGCGAGGCUCUAUCUCCCGGACGCCACGACACACGGCACACUAUUGGGGUACUUUAAGGCACCAAGUUUCCUUGACAGCGAAUGCUGGAGAGUGGACCCCGCCCUGAAGCGCAAGAUGCUCGGCACCAACGGUAAAAUCUUGACCGGAGGAGCUGCUGCGGACCCGCUCCCGAAACCGAAAUUUGAAGACGGACUCGAGCCGAUGGCGUGGCAUUUCACAGGAAAGCAGGUGUGGGAAGAGCUUCUGCAUGCAAUGGAUGCCCAGGUUGUCAUAGCGGCCACGUGCUUGGAUCACCUGCUGCCCUGCGUGUGUCUAGAGAGGCGAGUGCCGAUCGUGGUUGCCUGCUGGACGGAGGAGCACCGCCAGGCAUUGAAGACGAAGAUCAUGAAGUGCUUGUGGGCGAUGUUCUUAGAUGAGACCAGCCCGCAUCACCAGCCGGCUUUGUGCUUUGGACUGCGUUGCUUCAGAGUGUUUUUUCUUGUUUCACGGUGCAAGCUGCUGAACCUCAAGAACACCAAGCGCAAGCCUCCUCCCGCGGCGGCCGCGAAGUCAGGAAAAAAGCCACGAGGGUCCAAGACUGCCAAGAAUGGAGCAGAUGACGAUGAUGCUAUGGGUGAGCCUGAAGAGACGGAGAGUGUUGAGAAGGCUCUGCCAGAUCCGAAGGAUGCGAAAGCAAAGGCGGCGGCACCGAAGCAGGCAGGCCGCAAAGCGGGCAAUGCCUCCCAGGGGUCCGACGCCAAGGCCAAGUUGCUGGAGAAGUUGAUGGCAGCCUCCGGCUUUACCGUCACUGACCUGCUGGACGCAGAUGAUGAGCAGGACCGCAUCGUGUGGCCUCGACAGAAAGGCGCAAGGCACCAGCUGAAAGCUGCCAUCGAGAACAUUGUCAUGGAACAUGGAGACGAUCCACUACAGAGCCACUACUUCAUCGACGUGUCGUGCGCCAUGUCUCGCAAACCCAAGGUUUGCAAGGACUUGUGCCCAACUUUGACCCGCGCUCGUGCUGGUUUGGGGGGGUUCUGGCUGAGUUGGAAAAAUCGCAUGAUGAACACCAACGAGAUUACUCGUUUCAUGGGUGUUCUGCCGGAGGAAAUCCCCAUGAACGUCGUGUCUGAGAGGCAUUUGCGACUCCUGGCUGGCAACGCCAUCCCUGUGCCCAUGCUUGGCAGGAUCUUGAGAGCAAUGCUCCGGGCUACAGGCCGCAACUAA